AGUCUCGUGGGCUCCACGACAGUUUGUCAGGUUCAGCUGCUCUCAGGUUCGUCCCCCAGGCCUCAGGACCCCACUCAGGGAAGGAGAUGUGACUUAGGCCGCCCGACCAGGCUUUUUGUCCUUUCAGGUAUGGACUACACUUGAUCCAUCACUUUCUAGUCAAAACUGUUCCUUUAUCUACUGUUGAAGGGAUCGAGGGUCAAAUGGAGACGUCACCUGUCAGCCCAAUGAAAGAGAAGGGCACCGCUCAACCGCAGCAGCGGGAAGAGAACGCCCAGCGAAACCUAGGUGCAGCCACCCAGUUUAGGCAGCAGUCCCCGGGCCCCACCCCUGAAACCCUGGAGCUGGGCGUGAAACCCGAUCCGGCCAGUCGAACUGUGGAGAACCCUCAAAAGAUUGAAAAUCCGGUGGCUGGAUUUGAAGGCGAGGCUGAUAAAUGUCAUAUCUCCACUAAUGCAAUGGCAGAGCGUCUCCAAGCUUCUGACCUCUGGUACUGCCCUGAUGGGAGUUUUGUAAAGAAGAUCAUAGUCCGUGGCCAUGGCUUAGACAAACCCAAAUUAGGCUCCCAGUGCCGCGUGUUGGCUUUGGGGUUUCCUUUUGGGUCUGGGAUGCCAGAAGGCUGGACAGAACUAACCAUAGGCGUUGGGCGAUGGAGGGAAAAGACUUGGGGGGAACUCACAGAAAAAUGCCUGGAGUCCAUGUGUCAAGGUGAGGAAGCGGAAAUUCGUCUUCCUGGAUGCUCUGCACCCCUUGUCAAGCUCAGACUGGAUUCCUUCACUAAGGGUCGGGAUUCCUGGGAGUUGGAGGCUGUGGAGAAGGAGGCCCUGGCCAAGGAAGAACACGCAAGGGGUACAGAACUGUUUCGAGCUGGAAACCCUCAAGGGGCUGCCCGAUGCUACGGUCGGGCUCUCCGACUGCUGCUAACCUUACCCCCACCCGGACCCCCAGAAAAAACGAUCCUUUAUUCCAAUCUGGCUGCCUGUCAGUUGCUGUUAGGGCAGCCCCAGUUGGCGGCCCAGAGCUGUGACCGAGUGCUGGAGCGGGAGCCGGGCCAUUUAAAAGCCUUAUACCGAAGAGGGGUUGCUCAGGCUGCCCUUGGGAACUUGGAGAAAGCAACCGCUGAUCUUAAGAAAGUGCUAGCAGCAGACCCCCAAAACCGUGCAGCCCAGGAAGAACUGGGGAGGGUGGUCAUUCAGGGAAAGAAACAGGACGCAGGGCUGGCUCGGGGUCUGCGCAAGAUGUUCAGCUGAUUAAAAAGUUCAACUUUAAAAGAGA